UCUCGCGAGAUUGUUAGGCUCGCCCGCUACUGAACAAUCGAGCUGUCAAAAUACAGUUGUGAACACAAAAAGCUGUUUAUGUUAGCGAGUUGUUUGGCUACGGGUGUAGGGAUUCGUUUGGUUGUUCAUUUACCUAACGUUUUAACGGACUAAUAACUUGUCCACACGGUCCAUCGUUAUUUCAGAUAUCUUUGGCACGUCUACGGUUUUGUCUACUCAUCCACCGGCCACGUCCUUGCAACCUCAACAAUGGCUGAUCCCAAAUACGCCAAUUUGCCUGGAAUCGCGUCCAACGAGCCAGAUGUGUAUGAGACCAGUGACCUGCCAGAAGAUGAUCAGGCCCAGUUUGAGUCAUGUGUACAAGAGCUGGAAGAGCUGUGCAGUGACAGUGUGGAGAGGAUCGUGGUCAACCCCAACGCAGCCUACGACAAGUUCAAGGACAAGAGGGUCAGCACUAAAGGACUUGACUUCUCAGAUCGCAUCAGUAAGAACAAAAGAGUGGGUUAUGAGUCAGGAGAAUAUGAGAUUUUGGCGGAGGGCUGUGGGGUGAAGGAAACUCCCCAGCAGAAGUACCAGCGGCUGGUUAAUGAGAUCCAGGAGCUCAGUCAGGAGGUGGAGACCAUCCAGGAGACCACAAGGGACAGCAGUUCAGAGGAGCGUCUGACUCCUGUAGUCCUAGCCCAGCAGGCUGCCCAGCUCAAACAGCAGCUGGUCUCUGCCCAUCUGGACUCUCUGCUGGGACCACAGGCACAUAUUAACCUAGCUGAUCCAGAUGGAGCACUGGCCAAACGUCUGUUAACCCAGCUGGAGGCAGUGAGGGGCAGUAGGGGCAGUACAGGGGAGGGGAAGGCCCCGGCAGCAGCUAAAGGUCCUGAUGGUGUGGUGCUGUAUGAACUACACAGUCGGCCAGAGCAGGAGAAGUUCACAGAUGCUGCCAAGAUGGCAGAGUUGGAGAAGAGGCUUGCAGAGCUGGAGACGGCUGUGGGUUCUGGAUCAGACAAACCGGGACCUCUGAGUGCUGGGAUGCAGGGAGGCAGUCUCAUGGACACCAUGGAGAUGCUGCAGGCGAGGGUCAGUGCUCUGGACUCAGCCACCCUGGACCAAGUGGAAGCCAGGCUGCAGAGCGUCCUUGGGAAGAUGAAUGAGAUUGCGAAGCACAAGGCAACCAUUGAAGAUGCUGGCACACAGAACAAGGUGUCUCAGCUGUAUGACGUGGUGCAGAAGUGGGACGCCAUGGCAACCUCUUUGCCUCAGGUGGUGCAGAGGCUCAUGGCUGUCAAGGAGUUGCAUGAACAAGCCAUGCAGUUUGGGCAGCUGCUGACCCACCUGGACACCACCCAGCAGAUGAUCAACAACUCUCUGAAGGACAACGGGACACUGCUCUCACAGGUGCAGACAACCAUGAAGGAGAAUCUCCUGUCUGUAGAGGAGAACUUUGCUGCUCUGGACCAGAGAAUGAAGACGCUCAACAAAUAAAUGUUUCUUUUUUUUUUUUUUUUACGUCUGUCAGGACAGUUGGGCAAAUUGAGGGAGUGGAGGGUCUUCUUUCACUCUUCUUCCACCUCUGCCUUCUUGUUUCUCAAAGCGUAAUGUUUGAUUUGAAAGUUAAAACAACAACAACAAAAAAUCAUACUAUUCUAAAAUGGACACAAUGUUCUUGUCUAUUUUCCCCUUCCUCCACAUCCCACAUCUCUCUCCCAUAUUAAGUCUUUCAUUUGGUAUCAAAUGCAAUGCAUUACACCCAAUAUAUAUAUAUAUAUAUAUAUAAACAUAAACAAACGUCACAUGAUUAUUCCCUUCAAAGCUCAAUGGCUUUCAGACUGAAUUUUUUUCUCUCAAUUAAAAAUCUUCCUCCAUGUCCUUUCAACCUGUUCAUCCACACUAGUUUUAGGGAAGUGCUACAACAUUCAAUCAGCUAAGUAAUUUAAUUGAAUGUUCAAUUUGAGGGCUCAAGAAGUGGAAUAGCAUGUCCAGAGAAAAUACGUGUCUACAACAUUACUGCACAAAAACAAACAACCAAUGCCGAUUGUCCACCCUUUUCCCCAAAGUAUACACUUUGCACACUUCCCGUCGUGGAUUUAACAAUAGUGGAAACUCCCUCCAGUUAAUGCUUACACCAAUCCAAUGACGGGAGGUAUGCAAGUGCACGCUUUGGGAGAAGGGUGAAGAAUCGGGACAUGUCGUCAGUCAGAAAGACGAUGUAUGGACAUGUAGCAGGAAUGCAUACCUGUGUGCUUUUGGGGGGGGCCUGAAGUCCUGGAGGGAUGCUUGUAAAUAUGCCUGUGUACCUUAAAUGUUUCAUGCUCAGUUGCUUGUAACUUAUUAUUAUUGUGACUGAGACUAAAAUACCACCGACACGUUACUUUUUAUCUACUGCCUACGAUGGACUGUACAGUACCUGGCUGUCUGUGGUGGGGAUAUCAUCUGAAUAAACAACUACACUCACUCUU